GGUUGAUCAGUUCUUCGUGUGGCCAUCUAGAAGGCAGUGACGUUCAUUUUUUAACAUUUUCAUUGGUGCGGUCGGUAUAACAAACGUGGGAAUAAUAUAGUUGCAAGUCAAAAAUCCAGUGCCGAGCCAUCAUGGCGAACCCUCGGAAAUUCAGUGAAAAGAUAGCUCUUUUGAAUCAGAAACAGGCGGAGGAAACUGCCGCGUUCGAGGCAAUCAUGCGAGAGGUUUCCGACGUCACGAGCAGAGUGGCUGGAGUGGCGUCUGCCAGUAACUCGGUCGUAGCAAGUCCAACGGGCUGCGGGGCACCCGGUGAAGUAACUCCGUCGGUGAAGAGUGCCGGGGCGAGUCCUCCGCUUCAGUCCAGCGGAAAGCACCUCCGAAUUAACCUGGGGAAUCAGUUCAAGGCUGGCGGUUCCUUGCCCAAUGUAAACAACAACAGAAACAACAAUCGUAACCGAGGCGUCGAAGCUUCGAAUAACAAGAACGGCAACGAGCACGGCAACGGCAACAACAUCCCCAACAGCAACAACGACGACGCUGACAACAAAAAAAACGACGACGACGAAAACGACCACGACGACGUCGACGACGACGAAGACCAUCAUCAUCCUCAAAACCCUACAGACUCUACGGGCAAAGGAACUGCAGACAUUUUUCCUGCAGGUCUCUACUCCGUUGAUCUUAUAAAGCCUACACUGAACAAUGCCGAGGAGAGUCAAGCAAAUUCAACGAUGUACCAAAGUAUGGACCGAAGUAUGAACCGAAGCAUGGACCGAAACAUGGACCAAAGUAUGGAACGUGGUCGAUCUAUGGUUGGUCCAAUGAGGUCGCGUCCUGCGGAGAAGAGACAUGACACCUCACCCUACAGCGGUGUACCUUAUUUGUUGUCCCCUCCCCCAGAUACUUGGCGCAGAACCAAUUCAGAUUCUGCCCUUCAUCAAAGUGUGAACGAUUCCUGCCAGAUGCCUUCCUCCAUGCCUCACCGGCGAGGUAGCGAUGCGUAUCCGCAUAUGGGAGGCAUGGGUUCUGAGCACAGAGAAUCGCAUCGUGGCUUCAUGGAGAGGCCGAGAUCUUCCUGUGAAAUGCCCAGAGUACCUGGAAUAAAUAUUUAUCCAAGUUCUCAACCGCCUGGACAACAGAUACCGAUUGGUAAUAACACCGGAUCCUUGCCUGAUUUAAGCAACGUUCAUUUUCCGCCACCGCUACAAGCCCCUCUUGAUCAAGAGGAUCAUUCGAGUAGCACGCCAUAUAGUACCAGUCCUCAAACGAGCAGUCCUACGACUUUAUCGCCAACCAGCUUACAACAAGCUGGAAGGCUAUCUUUUUCACAAGAUCACAGUCCGGCACAUGCCCAAAAUCAUUUAUCAGUGCCUGUUAACUCUAGGUUUCUCCAUACGUGCAAGGGUGUUGCACUGGAUAACAGCACAAGUACUUCGCAACAAGAUCUUCACUCUUACACGCAACCACCACCGCCUGCUCACAGUCCUCAACACUUUAUUUAUCAACAGCCGCAUAGUCCGGUGCAACCACAAAGUCCGAAGUCGUCGCAGUCACAUCAACCAGUGAAUCCCUUGGGGACAUACCGAACUCCUCAAACUGUGAGUAGGCCGUCACCUCAGUCGUCGCCAAGUCUCACCGUUCGGAGUCCGUUAAGUUAUAGUAACAACCCAUCAGCACCACCUAGUCCGACAGGACACUUGGGUCAACCGAACUUCCCCACGAACAGUAUAGAUCAAAAUACUUAUUUGCCUGAUCAAACGCAGGCAACGGCACUUCAACAGCAUUUCGAGCAUUUCACCAUGGGAGUGGAAUGGGCGCAAAUAGCCCAGCAUCUUGCGGAAUCUGGCUGCACAUGGACCACACAGCUAGAGAUGGACUCACCUGUGGCAACAACGACGUUGGCUACUUAUAUCAGCUCUCCGAAUCACACUACCAAUUAUACUCAAAGCGAAAUGAUCAAUGUCAGUGGAGAAUUGGGCAGUGGAGACGCGGGAUAUUUUAGUACUAGUCCGCAAUUGGUGUAUCAACCUCGAACACCAACGUCGACUCAACAAUUAACACCCCAAACACCAAAUACACCUAGGAUUAUACUCACUGAUUUUUCAGCAAAUCAUGGCUUAUCGACUCCAGAAUUUGUAAGAGAUGACUUUGAUCCAAACUUAUUCUCCGAAGAUGAUGUGCUUAAGCAUGGUUUGGAACCGCUGGAUUUUGGUGAUCUGCAAAUGCUCACUGAUUCGAGCACUGUGUUAUCUGAUCCAGCUGCCGAACAUCACUUUAGAUUAGAUUGACUUUAAGAUUAAAAAUACUGUGACUAAUUUGUGCGAUUGCGUUAUUAUAGGAUGAAGUAACGACGACUUGAUGUGUUAUGACUUAAGACACUUGAGCUAAUGGGGUAUUUUGAAUAUUGUUCACAGUUCUAGUAACUUACCGAAUGCAAUACUAUACCUUUCUCUCUCUCUCUCUC